AUGGAGCCCUGUGAAAACGAGAAUCGUUGUGGGAAAAGGAUGCAGAAUGCAAGCAAAAUUCCUGUUGUCAAAUUCACGAAGGCAAGAGGACAGUCAAUAUCCUCACUUUUAUUAUCUCGCCAUAGCGAUGAUAGCGAGGACAGUGGUCGAUUUGCUGUAUCGUUUGAUGAUUCAUUUUAUGCGAAUAAAUCCGAACAAGUGGAGAAAGUUAAUAACAGUGGCCAAACCUGCAAGCAGUCAAAGCAUUCAAGGGCGCAGCAGUUUUUGUCGGUUUUUUCGCAACCUGAAUUACUAAGUGCAGGAACUAGUGAUCGAGAUUCAAUUGGUUCCAGUGAUUCGUCAUUUCAUGCUGAAAAUGUGUCUCGCAUAAGUGCUAUCCUUGAUAAAGCGAAGAGUAGAGGGCGUCAACUAGUGUACUCACAUAAGAACAAAAAAGUCACAAAAAAAACUGACUCGCUUGGAAAAGUCCAUCAAAUUAUCACUGUCCGAGAUGUACACUGUGUCGAAGGUGAGAUUGGAUUGCAAAACAGAGACCAUGCAACAGCGGGUUCGAUUUCUGCAAAUAAAGAUUCACUUACCCAAUCAUCAUCAUUUUUUGACCGCUUUCAUAUGUUUAAAUCCGCUGAUGAUGAAAAUAAUAAAGUUCCGAAGUUUGAGCAGCCAAGGAUGUUUAAGGUUUUGAUCAGCAGGCAUCAAAUUUUGCCUUUUUCACGGCAUCGCGUUCUUUCAUCACUUCUACUUCUUGCAUUCAAUUAA